CUUUGCUCACGGAGAUAUUGCAGUUAGAAGAAUCUCUUACAUGGGCCUUCCGCAGGGUUCAUGUUUGAGUCCACUUUUGUACAACUUUUACGUAAGUGACAUCGACAGUUGUCUCUCUGAAGGCUGCACUCUAAGACAACUUGCAGAUGACGGCGUGGUGUCUGUCACAGGAUCUACUGAGUUUCAUCUGCACAGACCUUUACAAGAUACUUUAAACAGAUUAUCAACCUGGGCUUUGGGGCUUGGGAUUGAGUUUUCUCCACAGAAAACGGAGAUGGUUGUUUUCUCUAAGAAACGUAGACCUGCUCAACCUAAACUUCAACUCCUGGGCAGAACGAUCACUCAAUCGAGGUGUUUUAAGUAUCUUGGGGUUUGGUUUGAUUCCAAAUGUACCUGGAGGGCCCACAUUGAGUACCUGAAAGGAAAAUGCCAACAAAGAAUCAAUUUUCUCCGAUCAAUCACUGGCACCUGGUGGGGAGCCCAUCCAGAAGAUCUUUUAAAAUUGUAUCGAACAACCAUUCUCUCAGUGAUGGAAUAUGGAAGCUUCUGUUUCCAGUCAGCUGCCAAAACUCACCUCAUCAAACUCGAGCGUAUCCAAUACCGUUGUCUCCGCAUCGCUUUGGGCUGUAUGCCCUCAACGCAUAACAUGAGUCUCGAAGUUUUGGCAGGAAUACUCCCACUUAAAGAUCGAUUCAAUUUAUUAUCACUCCGGUUCCUCAUCAGGUGUGAGGUCAUGAACCCAUUGGUGAUUGUAAAUUUUGAAAGGCUUCUUGAGCAAAAUUUUCAAACCAGAUUUAUGUCUAUAUACCAUGUCCUCAUGUCAAUGCAGGUUAACCCUUCUCCGUAUUCUCCAGCUCGUGUUUGUAGCCCAGACUACGAUAAUUCUUCUGUCCAGUUUGAUUUGUCUAUGCAGCAGGAAAUUCGUGAAAUCCCGGAUCCGCAUCGUCCACUUCUGAUUCCAAGAAUUUUCGAAGCUAAAUAUAGACACGUCGAUGCUGAUAAAAUGUACUUUACUGAUGGAUCACUUAUAGAGGAAUCAACAGGAUUUGGAGUGUUCAAUGAAAUAUCUAGCGCCUCUUACAGCCUCGAGUCACCAUGCUCUGUGUAUAUAGCAGAGUUAGCAGCAAUUCAUUGGGCUUUGGACAGUAUCGCUUCAAGGCCAGUUGGGAACUACUUUAUUGUAACGGAUAGUCUGAGUUCUGUUCAAGCAAUUCACUCAAUAAAACCGGGAAAGCACUCGCCUUACUUCUUCGAGAAGAUACGGGAUAGUUUGAGUGCUUUAUCAAAACGUCGCUUUACCAUCACCUUUGUUUGGGUUCCCUCCCAUUGCUCGAUAGAGGGUAAUGAGAAGGCAGACUCUCUGGCAAAGGUGGGGGCGAUGGAAGGUGACACGUAUCAGCGUGAAAUCGCCUUCAACGAAUUUUACUUUUUAGUUCGAAGAAACUCUCUUGUCAACUGGCAGCGCAAAUGGGACGAGGAUGAGUUGGGUCGGUGGCUGCACUCGAUUAUCCCAAGGGUAAGCCUUAAAUCCUGGUUUAAUAGAUUGGACCUGAGUCGAGAUUUUAUUCGUAUAUUUUCCCGUCUCAUGUCCAAUCAUUAUUCCUUAGACGCGGUACUCUAUCGUUUGAAUAUUGCUAGCAGCAAUUUGUGUAGUUGCGGCCAAGGUUACCACGACAUCGAGCAUAUUGUUUGGUCGUGCGAGGUCCAUCUUGUCGCUAGAACGAAUUUCAUAGACUCCCUUCGGGCCCGAGGAAAAACACCCUAUGUUCCAGUCAGAGAUGUGCUGGCUGUCGUGGACUUGGACUACAUGUUCGAAAUAUACCUUUUCCUAAAAGCUAUUGAUCUUCGUCUAUAAUUCUUUUUUAUUUUCAUAUUUCCCUAUCUAUCUUCUUUUUUCUUUAAAAGUGAACUAGAUAUAAGCACACAAUUGUAAUAAAAAAAGGUGUCUGGCUCCUUAAAGCCUAAAGGUAUGAGCCGUUUCAAAUAAAGAAUUUACAAAAAAAAAAAAAAAUUCAUGCUAACGAAGCCAACAAAUGGAAACAAAUAUGGCAUGGACAGAUUACGAGAUAUGUUUCUACGAAUGUUAUAGACCCUUACGCUUUACAGCGUAGAGAGAGAAGAAAAGAGGGGGCUCCUUAUAAAUUAUGUUGUAAAGCAUAAAAAAUCAUCAAUCAAUGGAGUUAUAUUUGAUAUAAGGAUUUUUGGGCACGAAGAAAUGGGUAUAUUAUGUUAUAAUUUGAUUUGAAAUAAUGUCAACAAAAAAAUAAAAAUUCAAAUAAUUUCUGAAAAUAUCAUUUGUUUUUUUUCAUUCGUUUCGCAUCACUCACUGGAGACGGUCGAGUUUGUUUUCUCUCGCGUGUGUGGCAAAAGUUUUUUUUUUAUUUGCCCCUUAUACCUACCGUGUAGUGCCGCUAUCCGAAUUAUCCGGACUUAUGUACCGUUACACCGGAUAGCUUAGUUCAGAACGGCAGUGAAAUUCUAACGCUCGUGUAGCUGGUUCGUCAAAUCACCCAGCAAAUUAUCACCCCGGCUGAAUACAAUAGCCUUGGUUCAGCAUCCAUUCGCCAUCAAACAAAGGACCACGUUGUUGGCAUCAGAACAACCUCUCGUCCGACCGGUUCGAUAACACCGGAAUGAAGGCUGGCCAGGAACACAAUACCUGCGGUAGCUUACGAAACCACGCUACAGGAAGCCACCACCGACCAAAGACGGAAAUCUGUUCUCGAGAGUGACCCUACACAAUCCUCUUUCCCUCCCUCUUAGUUAAUCAAUUAACAGUUGAGUAGCCGCGACGAUUACGGCCCCCCUCUUACUAACACCACAUAAAAGUGAAAGUGAAUACUCGGCAAAAAAAAAAAAACUUUAUGAGUUAAAUGCCUUAAUAAA